GAUGACCCAGAGACACAGAGAGAGAGAGAGAGAGAGACAGAAAGAGAAAGAGAGAGAAAGAGGGAGGAGGUGAAUGAGAGAGGAGGAAUAAGAAAAGGCUGUCUGGAGACAAGAAAGAAAAGAAGGGAUUUUUCAGCACACUAAGAGAAAACAGAAUAAUUUCUACUGGAUCAUUUUUAAUUUUAUUUUUAAUUUUAUCCCGUUUUUAAUCAGAAGCUGAAGAUGCCGAACUUCGCUGGAAGCUGGAAGAUGAAGAGCAGUGAGAACUUCGAGGAUCUGCUGAAGGCUCUGGGGGUGAACGCCAUGCUGAGGAAAGUAGCCUGCGCCGCGGCGUCGAAGCCCUCGGUGGAGAUCCGUCAGAACGGCGAGCAGUUCUACAUAAAGACCUCCACCACCGUCCGGACCACCGAGAUCAACUUUCAGAUCGGACAGGAAUUCAACGAGGAGACGGUAGACGGACGAAAAUGCAAGAGUUUAGCUACGUGGGAGACGGAGAAUAAAAUCUCCUGUAAGCAAACUCUACUGGACGGAAACGGACCGAAGACAUACUGGACUCGAGAACUGAGGGGGGAGGAGCUAAUUCUGAUUUUCGGAGCGGAUGACGUGGUCUGCACACGGGUUUACGUACGAGAAUGAGCUUCACCAGCGAGAAGAUCAGCAGCUUCAUCAAAUCCAUGAUUCAUUUAUACUUACAUUAAAUUACAGGGCUUUUAUUAACCGUAUUACACAUAUAUAGACAGAUAGAGAACAACAGACAGUAGAAUAUCCCCCCCC